GGUAGCAAAGCUUAUGGUUACUCGUAAUUGUAAUCCUCUGUGAGCGUUCCGGCAAAUGGAAGAGGCUCUCAGUUGUUGUCCAACUGCCGUCACGUCAAACUACUAAAAUUGUUCACAUUCAGUGCCGGUGCCAGUGUCGUUACAAACUAAAUAAUAAACGAUGUCGCUUUUAACGGGCAGCGCCAAUGCGGUGAAAUACACGCUCUUUGGAUUUAACUUGAUCUUUUUGAUCACUGGCAUUAUUCUGAUUGCCGUUGGAGCCGGAGUCGGUGCCGUUUACACGGGCUAUGAACUCUUCUUGGCCGGCAAGUUCUUCUCGAUCCCCACAUUCCUGAUCGUGAUCGGAUCGUUCAUCAUUCUGAUCUCGUUCUUUGGCUGCUGGGGAGCCCUCAAGGAGAACUACUGUCUGGUGCUCAGCUUCUCGAUCAUGCUGGCCAUCAUCUUCAUCCUGGAACUGGCUGCUGGCAUUAGUGGCUAUGUCCUGCGCAACGAUGCCUCCACAUUGAUCAAAACGUCGCUUACUGAUUCCCUGCACGAGUACAAUGUAGUUGGUAAAAAUUCGACCACCAAACUUUGGGAUGACGUGCAGCGGGAAUUCGACUGUUGUGGAGUUACCUCCUAUACCGACUGGAACGUCACCUUGACCGAAGGCCAGCUGCCCAUCUCCUGCUGCGACAUUCCAGCGGGUACGGUGGGAACCUUCAGUUGCUCGGCCAAUGCGACCACCGAUACAACCCGCCAUGACAACGGCUGCCUCGACGGAUUCUCCAACUAUAUUUCCGCCCAUGCGGUCAGUCUUGGAGCUGCGGGUGUGGUCAUUGCAGUUCUUCAGUUCUUUGGAGUCAUCUUUGCCUGCUAUAUAGCCCGAGAGAUCAAGAUCCGAAAUGGCAUCACUGGCUUCAUGUAAGUCCAAGAUGACAUCGAUACCUGAUCUGUGAGGUGGGGAACAGGAACUGGAGAGGAUCAAAAACCCGCCUUUUAAUUUUAAGAAACUUCUAAAUUCGAUGGAUGUUCUAUAGUUCUAUAUUGACUUUUCCUUCUGCUUGUGUGAAUAAAAAAAAAUAUAUAUAAUUCUAAACAAAAA